AUGGGGAAACCCACCCCCUCUAAUAAUAAUAAUAAUAAUAAUACGUUCCUCCAAGGCAGGCUUCUUCCGGUUCCGGACUACGCGCCGUUACAACCCAGAAGACCACACUCUUCAAGCUCUUGAACUUGAACAUGUCAGUUUCCUGUUUGCUUCUCGAUUGAAUAUCUUACGAAUCGUCAAAUAAAUCAACCAUACCAAGAGGUAUGAUUUGAAAAUGUUUGUCUUAACUCUACAUUAUCACAAAACAACUGUGAAAUCAGCUUAUUGAUACUACAGUGAUGGUAUACGAGCUUUAAGUUACGUAGUUUCUUCUUCUUCGUCGUCGUCGCUUUUUGCGAGAAUCUUGAAUGUCAAAUACAUGAUGUGAAUCAAACGCUCACAAAUCGGUUCACAGGUACUGUUGUCGGAUUCUGUUUGUCCAAUUUUUUUAAUGGGAUCAAUGGUUGAAGGUGACGAAAGGUACAUCAAUAUUCUACUUAGCCCCGCCGGCCCCGACUGGCCCCGACAGCCCACAUCAAGGUUUAUAGUCAGGCUGAUACAACUUGGAGUCAUUUCACACGUGCACACCCAACCACACCCAACUGCCCAGCUUAAGUAGCUAACCACAGUUACGACCGGUUACGAUACUUACAGAUCACAGCCCCUGGGCCGUUUUUUACACAACGUUCACUACUUCACUAGUUCACUAGAUCCCGUACAUUUGCCUCCAAAAUCCCGGUACCUAUCACGGAUCUUUACCUACAUACCUUACUCACCCCUGCUCUACGUCAAACUACAUGGCGCCACAUCCAAUAAAACUGUAAGCUUAAUCUCUGCCUCUGCUAACUUAGCGAAGUAUCCGAGAGGUCCGAGAGCAACUGAAUCUCGCUGUGAUCAUUUCAUUUGUCUUCUGGUCACUUAAACAGCUGAACAUGGCGUCAGUUAGGAACAAGAACGAGUAAGAGUACAUAAAGUGAUUCAUCAUACAAAGGAUCAAGAUCCAGCAUUAUAUAUACUGAGGCAAGAAACUUGUAGCAGUUGUAAUACAGAGAAAGGAAGCUACUCCUGGAGAACACUUAUGCCAAAGACAGGGUAGUGUCUUACUCUGUUUAUGUGUUCUCUUCAUACUUUCUGCACUUAGCCCACAUUGUGUUCAGUUGAGAACAGACCUGAUUGAAAGGCAAUGUAUCAUGCAAUGUUCUCACCUCCUAUGGUAGUGCAUUUUGUUGGACGACAACAGCAGCAGCAACACCGCCAUCACAACAGCUACUUAGACACAAAUAAUAAUAAUAAUAAUCAGCAGAACCGUGUUGUACCAAGUAACUGCUACAGUCGAAGUUCCUUUGAGCACACGUACCCUGUGGAGUUAUUACAAUUAAUGGGCCUGGAUAUGCCUCCAAUUCGCAACCGUGGUUAUAACAAUCAUCCUCCUGGGGGAAGAGGAGAGGGAGAUUGGAGGGAUCGUGGAAAUCUUCAUGGUUCUGGCCCUCCUUUGAUGCCACCUCCUGUUCGCCUGGGUUUCCGCCCUCUGAUACACAACUCAACAAUGAAAAGGAAUUACUGGAACAAAAACAGUGGGAGACUUCCAAGAUGUAACCAACGGGAUCCAGUGGGUUCCAAGCCAGAUCUGUCUUAUAACUCAAGUUCUGACUCAGGGUUUUCAUCCCGAUCACCUACUCCCAGUAAGCAGCAGUUACAGCAGUCAGCACUUUCUGACACAAGCUCACUGCAGCACACUGAUGACAAUGAGGCUAGCACUAGCUCAUCAGAUAUUAAAGGAGUCAAACGCUUGCAUGAUGUUUAUGGCACACCAGCCCUGAACAGUUCAAUAAGAAGUGGUCGUCACCAGCCUCAACAACAGCAACAGUAUUUCCAUCAGCAUUCAGCACCUGCACAUUCAAUACACACAGUGCCCAGUCUUCAGUUCUAUCAACAGCAACAAACUUUGCAGCCUGGAUUAAUUCAGAGUGAGAAUCCUUAUCAAAGUAAACGGCGUUACCAUUCUGGCAGACAUUCUCCACCACUACCCCUACAUCCUCAUCACCAUCGGCCUUCACGCGGAGGACGCCGCCUGAAUGGAUUUCUGCUGCCCCUCUCCAGUGGACCUGCACCAGUUCUUAUUGCUCCUGACCGAUUUUUGUCACGUUCACAUCUUGUACAAGUUUCUCAUGCACCACCACAGCUUGUCUCUGGCUGUGAAUGGGAUAAGCUAUCAGAAGGUAUAUGGAACAAAUUCAUGAUACAUCAGCAAACAGAAACUACGUAUAGGAAGAAGAUACUGCUCUGGAAAUGCCUGUCAAAUUCCAUUCAGUCAUCAUUCCCGCGCUAUGAACUGUGCCUUGUAGGCUCCACCAUGAAUGGAUUUGGAAGUGAUAGGAGCGAUGUGGAUAUGUGCCUUCUUGUACGUCAUACUGAAGUGGAUCAGCGCAAUGAAGCUGUUAUUCAUCUGGGAUAUGUGCUGAAGCAUUUGCGGCGCUGUGAACAGUUAGCACGGCCAGAAUUAAUCCAAGCUAAAGUGCCUAUCCUGAAGUUCCGUGACACAAGCUUCUCUCUGGAAGUAGACCUGAACUGCAACAAUUCUGUGGGAAUACGCAACACACAUCUGCUCCACUGCUACUCACAAAUGGACUGGAGAGUGCGUCCUCUUGUACUCAUUGUCAAGCUGUGGGCCCACAAACAUGAUAUCAACAAUGCCAAAAAUAUGACAAUAUCGAGUUAUUCAUUGGUGCUUAUGGUCAUUCAUUUCUUACAGUGUGGUGUUGCACCUCCAGUACUUCCAUGCCUCCAUGAAAUGUAUCAAGGUAAAUUCACCCCACAUUCAGAUGUCCUGAUGAUAGACAUGCAUGAAGACUUGCAACCAUUCAACUCAGACAAUACACAGGCACUGGGCGAGCUUCUCCAUGACUUUCUGCGCUAUUAUGUAGAAUUUGACUUCAGCCAGUAUGCCAUUUCUGUGCGGUUGGCAUCCCUUGUACCAAUAGAAGAAUGUCGUAGAGCUCGUACAUACAAAAAUGACCCCCAUCAAUGGAAAUACCUUUGCAUUGAAGAGCCCUUUGACCUCACGAAUACAGCUCGAUCAGUGUAUGAUCGAGAUGUGUUUCAAAGGGUAAAGGCAGUGUUCCAAACUUCAUACAACAGCCUGAAGAAAACUCGCAAUAUUGAAAGUAUAUUCCACUUAGACAAGAAGGUUUAGGAUGCAUCCAGUUAUCUUUGCCUUUGUCUGAAGAGGAAAAGAAAAGUAGUUACCACAAAGAUGAUUCCACAAAUUUCAUGGCAGAUUUUUUUCUGCGGUGCUUGAGCAAGGUUGUGAAUGUGUGUAAUGCAUUCCUUGCAGUUUUUUAAGCCUUGUGAUUGGAUGGUGUUUGGUAUGGCACCAUAAAAAAUGUAUAGAAAUCUGCCUGUGAUGGUCUGUGGUGAAACAAGAUGAACAUGUUUGGGGAGUAGCAAAGCAUGAACUAGUCAAACUUGAGAAUAAUACUUGACUGUGAUUAUGGUUGCAGCUUUAAAACUAGAAGAGAAAUAAUUUGAAUAUUUUGUUCAUUUAUAUAAUAAGGUAAUGUUCCCCUUCCUCAAGACUGAGUAACAUUGAUAGAAGACAAGAAAAAUUAUUGAAAGAAAGUUUUCUGACUAAAGAAUAUACUAAAAUUGGUUAUUGCUUCGUGUCUUUGCUGGGAAGUUAAGCAUUUUAAUUUUUAACAAAAUAAAGCUAUUCUUUGUUUUUAAAAUGUUUUGCAUAACACUUUUCCUUAGAGAUGCAUAAAAUCUAAAAUAAACCUAAAAAAGUAAAAAGAACUUAAAAUCUGGUGAUCUAGAAUGUUUGAGGACACCACAAAAAAAAUACAGUUUGUAAACAUGACAUGGGAUAGCCAUUGACAGCUGGAAAAAUAACAGUCAUGAAAAUAUGUAACAGAAAAAUGUUUGGAUACUUUUUUAACUUUGGCAGAGCUAGAAUGUUAUUGUCCAAAAAUUCUCUACAUAUGAAACUUAUUGAGCAUUAUGUGUGAAGGAGCCUGUAACUUUAUUUGGUAGUUACUGGAUAAUGAUGGAGUUGAAAAUAGUUAUAAAUGAUUUUAAAUUGUCAUUAGCAUUAGGAUUAUUUUAAAUAUCUGAGAAGAAACAAAAUCAGUUACUUGUGUUCUACGCUCAGAGAAAAUUAUUCAAACAAAUGUGAUGUUUAUUUCUACAUGUUGGUAAAAAAUUGAGAAUUCUUGUUAGUGGAGAUGUAAGUGUAAAUUUGUUGUAAUGACAUACAUGUCACCUCACAAUGGCAUAUCCAUUUUUGUCAUUAGUAAGUAAUGCAGCAAAACUAUCAGUAAUCAUGAUCAUUGUAUGUAAAUUGGUAUAGAAUGAAGUUUAUCUACUGUAGCUGCAUUGCUUUGCAUAUUCUUUCUGUUAGAGAUUUUAAUCUGUAUUUGUUCUGUGCAUUCCUUGUAGUAAUUAUCAAAGUAAAUAUUAUUUAAUAGUAUCAAACCAUGUUAAAAUGGCUUGCCAUUUGACCAAAGUACAAUAGUUGAGAUAUGCUGUAAAGAUUUGCACAGGGUGUAGAAAUUUUCUAGGUAACCUUAAUGGCAAUAAAAAGGAUCAGUUUGUAAAGGAUUUUCUUUAUAUAGACAAGCUAAGCAGUAUUUCAGUGAGUGAAGCCAGGUGCAAAAAUAUUAAUCAAGAUGAUGCACUCUUAUUAUAUUUCAUAAAAUUGGCAAUUCUCCAUGGAUGGAUAUAUAUUUACAUACUUACAUUCAUGCAUUUUAGGACUGUUAUAACACAGUUUUGCAUGGAUAUGUUGGAGCAACAGUAACAUCUUUCAUGACCCUGAGAUUAUGUUAUGUAGUGAAUUUUGUGGUUUAGGGUAUCUGAUUUGGUAAUUAAUUUAGAGCAACGAUUGAAUCUUUUGACAGUUGUCCAAAUAACUAUGAAAGUCUAAUUAAAACUGUGAGGAUGUGUUUAGCUUGUAUAGUUACAAUGUUAACUGAUUAGUUUUGUAGUGUACUUAAAAUAGUUGUUUAAUGUGGUAUCAAUAAAGAGACAGAUAUGAACUACAUGAUAUAUGAUGAAGAAAUUGGCAAUUUUGCUCAGUUUAUAUCCUGUUGGCUAUCUCAAAAUGUUUCCAUUCUUGGAACUGAAAUACUGUAAUUCCAUGACUAUGCUACCAAGUAUGCACUCAGGUUAUCAGUUGUAAAGAGAAUCCUGUUAAAGUAGAAACAUAAUUAGUUUUGAUAAACCCAUGAUAUGAAAUGUUCCAAGUGUCUUACAUAAUCUGUAUAUAUAAGUGCCAAAAAUAUGUUUCCCACUGCAGCUUUUCUGAAUUGAUGAAUUAAAAAUUUCUAAAGAUAUUAUUGGUAUGUGUUUUGCCAUGAGAUGUGAUUGAAGCAUGGCAAGUUCAUACUACUAGUUUAAUGUUUCGAGAAGAGUUUUCUCUGUCACUGGACAUAGUAAUAUUGGGUGGUGUAAGUAUUUUGCAUGGUUGCCCUUCUGGUCUAAGCAUUCCCAAUAUGUGCUAAUCAUGCACCCUUAUCAUAUGUAUUCUCAUUACAUUGUAGAAAUUUAUGGCAAUGUCUGCUAUACAGUUAUUAAAAUUUGCUGUUAUGAUUUUUCUUUCUUUCUCUUUCAUUUUAUGUCCAUGUUCUUUAUUUUUUUGUUGUUUUUUUGAAUAAAGUAUUGUUCACCAAUAUCCUAAACACUGCAUUUAAUUGAACUCUAGUGUAUGUGUACUUUUGUAAACACCAAGUACAGAAACUAAUAGGAGUAGCAGCAAUAGAUAUGUAUAGAUCUCUCAUGUCAGUAUUUUAAGGUCAACCAUGCAGUUUUUACAAGAGAGUGAGAUUUGUCUACUGGUUUAUGGGUAAUUAUGAAAUAAACCUAUCAGCAGUCCAUGGCUAUAUGAGAGAGAAAUAUUUAACAUUAUAUUGAAUCCCUUAGACAAGUAUAUACUAAUUACACAGUUUAUUUAUUUUUAUUUAUUUUCUUCUUUGUGAGCAGUAUUUGUUAAAAAAUUUGUUGUUCUUGUAUUGCUGAAGAAGCUGUUAAUGGACUGUACUGAUUAAGAAAUUUAACAAAAGAAUUGGAAUAAAGAUCAUAAUGGAAGAUGGCUUCUCAUAUCAUCUUCAGAGUUCAAGUGUACAUGUUAAUCAAACUAUGCCAUAGUUCAACAUAAUGAUCAAUGUACAGUGCACUGCCAAAAUUCUGUGUCUUGUAUGUCCCAUAUUUAUGGGAUCACCAAACUAAAAUCGUUUCAUUAAGCAAUGAUCUUUGUAACCUUUAUGUGUAUACAUGGUUAAUUAAUUACAUUACCUUCUAAUGCAGCAUACAAAUUUUAUAAAUAAUUUUCUGUUUUAAUGAUUCAGGGGAGGACACUCUUAUCACAAGUGAAAAGCUAACUUCUAAUACAUGCAUUUUAUACCAACAUAUCACCAUGUGUUGAGAGCAAGGUAACUAUCUUUCUGAUGAAUAUGGCCCUUUUAUAUAAUCUGAUAUAUUCUACUUAAUAGAUUAUGUCUAUGGGUCAUAUAAAACUGUAAUAUCAUGCAUGACUAUUCCAGUAGUGUGUGUUCCAGGAUACUAUUGUGCCUUGGCAGCACAGCUGAGAGUGUAUUGACUUUCCCAGGCUUAGCAAGAGCCAUUACCAUUUAUGUAACAGGAGUGGGUAAGAAUCAGGGAAGCCUAUUGUCAUAACUGUUUUAUAUACAUAUGAUUGUCUUCACAUUGUAUGACUGAUGGAAAAGAAAACGUUCUUCAAAGCAUUCACUAAAAUAUCUGACUUCUGUGACAGUAUUUUCUGCUGUAACCAGUGUAAAGAGAUGCAGGUUUUUUAAUCUUAUAAACAGGAAUUAUAGUGAAACCUUGCUAAUCUGAACUAUAUGAAGAAAAGCUAAUCAUGAUUAGCAAUAAUCUAGAUCUGCAAAGUGAUAAUAAAAAAUGCUAAUAACUUUAAUGUACUCUUAAAACUAACUUCAUGGAGCUGAGUCCUUGAGAAGUUGCCAGUUGUGCAGCUACUCAAGAACUUUCCAACAUUUUAUGGAAGCUGAAGGUGCAUAACCAUGUUCACAAGAGCCCUCCAGUGUUCCCUGUCCUCAGCCAAAUCAGUUCAGCCCAUACCACUCAUCCUAUCUCUUUAAGACCAUUUUAAUAUUAUUCGCCCACCUACAUCAUGGUCCUCCUAGUUGCCUCUUUGCUCCCAUUCAUCCUACAUGCUGUGCCCAUCUCAUCCUCCUUGACUUGAUUAUUCUAAUUAUACUUGGCAAAGAGUGCAAAUUAUGAA